GCCUAACAUGAGCAAGGCCUGGAUUCAAUCCCCAGCGUGGCAAAAUAAACAUAUACACACUUACAUACAAGCUUACAUACAUACAGACAUACUAAAAGGAUCAACAGUGGCCCAAAGUGACCCCACUCCCUUCAGCAGACCUUUCCUGUUCCCUCAGCCAGAACUCAGACAGAACAGGGCUCUGGGACAGGCCGGUGGAAGGGACAGCACCCAGGCAGCCCCAGUCCUCCAUGGGCCUGGCCAGGGAGCAAUCUCAGCCUCCUCCAUGUCUGACCCACCCCUCCCAGGAUGGCCCUCUUGGAGGAUCAGCAGGUGAUGUUUGAGAAGCUGGCUCUACACUGUGACUACAUUCAACUCAUCCCUAAAACCUUUGUGCUGGGUUUCUACGUGACUCUGGUCGUGACCCGCUGAUGGAACCAGUUCGAGAGCUUGCCGUGGCCGGACAGUCUCCUGACCCUGGUGUCGGGCUUCGUGGAGGGCAAGGACGAGCAAGGCCGGCUACUGCGCGCAGGCUCGCCCACUACGCUCGCCCACUACGUCAUCCUGGGCCAAGUGCUCAUCCUGCGCAUCUUCAGCACCUCGGUCUACAAGCGGUUUCCCAGCCUCCAACACCCGAUGCGGCAGGGGGCUUUUAUGACGCCCGGUGAACAUAAGCAGUUGCAGAACUUGGGCCUACCACACAACCCAUUCUGGGCGCCCUUGUGGUUUUCCAACCUGUUAAUGAAGGCCUGGAUUGGAGGUCGAAUCCGGGACCCUAUCCUGCUCCAGAGCAUGAUGAACGAGAUGGGCGUCCUGCGUCGUCAGUGUGGACAGCUGUAUGCCUACAACUGGAUCAGUAUCCCACCGGUGUACACACAGGUGCUGACAGUGGCAGUGUACAGCUUCUUCCUUGCAUGCCUGGUUGGGCUGCAGUUUCUAAACCCAGCCAAGAACUACGCAGGCCACGAGAUGGACCUUGUAGUGCCUGUCUUUACAAUCCGGCAGUUCUUUUUCUGCAUGGGCUGGCUGAAGGUGGCAGAGCAGCUCAUCAACCCCUUUGGAGAGGAUGAUGAUGAUUAUGAAACCAACUUUAUCAUUGACAGGAACCUGCAGGUGUGCCUGUUGUGUGUGGAUGAUAUGCAUCAAGACCUACCUCCAUUGGUGGGAGACAUGUACUGGAAUGAGGUGGAGCCUCAACCCUCCUACACAGCUGCUUCCAUCCAGCACUGGAGACCUUCUUUCUUGGGUUCCACCUUUAUCAG